AUGGUGGCUGCCGUGGUGGCGGCGGCGUGGCUGCUCCUGUCGGCCGCGGCCGCUGUGCAGCGGGAGCAAGACUUCUAUGACUUCAAGGCUGUCAACAUCCGGGGCAAACUAGUGUCUCUGGAGAAGUACCGUGGCUCGGUGUCCCUGGUAGUGAACGUGGCCAGCGAGUGCGGCUUUACAGACCAGCACUACCGAGCCCUGCAGCAGCUACAGCGGGACCUGGGCCCUCACCACUUCAACGUGCUUGCCUUCCCCUGCAACCAGUUUGGCCAGCAGGAGCCUGACAGCAACAAGGAGAUUGAGAGCUUUGCCCGCCGAACCUACAGUGUCUCUUUCCCCAUGUUUAGCAAAGUGGCAGUCACUGGCACUGGUGCCCAUCCUGCUUUCAAAUACCUGACCCAGACUUCUGGGAAGGAGCCCACCUGGAACUUCUGGAAAUUCUUAGUGGCCCCAGAUGGGAAGGUGGCUGGGGCUUGGGACCCAACAGUGUCAGUGGAGGAGAUCAGGCCCCAGAUCAAUGCACUUGUGAGGAAGCUCAUCCUACGGAAACGAGAAGAAUUAUAA